UGCUUUUGCAGUCAGUACUUGCUUAAGGAGUUCAACUGACUUGAUCAGACAAAGAGAACUGAAGGACCAACCUGUGUGCAGCCUGAAAGAUCCAAGUAGAUGAGUUUGUGGCAGCCUUUCCCUGUGACCAGGGAAUACAGCUGCAUGUCAUCAUUCCUUAAGCCAAUUACUUAAGGCUAUCUGAUCUUUGAUUUCAGAGGGAUUCUUUCGCCAUUCCAGCUGUCACUGUUACCCAGACCAUCUGGAACUCAGGAUGAAGACAGUUAUGCUUAUAAUGCUCCUUGUCUUCUGCAGGUCUGCUGAAUUUAGGAAAGGUAAAAAUGGUGGGAUGAAGAAUAGACUGAAUGGUAUGAGAGCUGGAAGGAGAAGCACUAGCAAACGAUUUGCUGCUAUUGACUGCAAAGAUUACAUUGAACUUAAAGAAAAAUACUUUGAUUGUCAAGAUAAAAGACUGACACGUGUUUCACCCCACUGGCCUGAGGAUAUCAUUCAUAUGCUUCUAGCAAGAAACAGGAUUCGGAGAUUAGAGAAUGACAUGUUUUUGACAUUCAAAAAUAUGAAAAGCUUGGAUUUGCAGCAAAAUGACAUUGCAAUCAUUGAAGAGCAUGCUUUUGCAGGUUUGGAUAAAUUGACUACAUUGUUGCUUCAGCACAAUCGACUGCAGGUAGUGGCAGAGGAUGUGUUUAUCAACCUGCCACUCCUUAAGUACCUUCGAAUUUAUGAGAAUCCUUGGAAUUGUAGUUGUGAACUGGAUGGCCUAAUCAGAAAGUUGCAACUUCCAGGAAGUCGAAAUUUGGGAAAUUAUGCCAAAUGUGCUGAACCUAAUAAUUUAAAGGAUCAAAGGUUAAAAAAAAUAAAGACAGACUUGCUGUGUGAGGAUGAUGAGAGUCCCUUACAAGGAACGAAAAAGCCCUUUACCCCUUAUAGCAAUAUUAAAGAGGUGGAUUCCACAAUGUGCCACAUCUACAUGUUCCCAAAACCUCUGCUGGAUUGCCAGAACAAAGACCUGAAAAAAGUUCCAGCCGACAUCCCACCAGAAGUCUUUAGAAUCGACCUCUCCAGGAAUAAAAUCAAACACUUAAAAGCAAAAGAGUUUCUUGGUUUAAAGGACCUUAAAGUACUUAAUUUAAGCAGCAAUGCCAUACAACACAUUGACAUGGCUGCCUUUUCUGGACUUCUGCAUCUCAGAGAGUUGGAUUUAUCUAAAAAUCUGUUAGAACAUUUUGAUUACGGCGUACUAGAAAAUCUGUAUUUUGUGCAAAAACUGUGGCUCGGUGGUAACCCAUGGAGAUGUGAUUACAACAUCCAUUACCUACUCUACUGGCUAAAGCAUCACUAUAGUGUUGAACAUGAUGGCCUGACAUGUAAAGAACCUGAGGAGUUCAAAGGGUGGAUUGUGGAAGAAUAUGUUAAAAGUUAUUAUGAGGAAUGUCCCAAAGACAAACCGACAGGACAGACUGAUGGGAUUCAGGAAGUUAAUUCUGAUGCUGAAGAUCAGGAGAAUAUGGAACAUAUGCCACAGCAUUUGAUUGGAUCAAAGGUUCAGGAAACCUUUAAAAUUAUAAGGCUUACAUAAUUUUUAAGUGGGAAGUCAAAACUAUUUCUUAGUUGUACAACCUUCAGGAAAAUCUAACUUAGAUUUCAACUUUGGUGAAAUGUUUUCUUAGUAAUAACGGGGUAGAAUGGCAGUUCCUAGUUGUUAUACAUUUUCGUAAACACUGCUAAUUUUAAUAAUGUGUUUUUUAUACCUAACUUUAAAGAUAAAAUAUUCCAAGGAUGUCUAUUUUUUUACUGUGACCUUUUACAAAUGCUGCAUUGCUUAUGUGGUUUUGAUAUCUGAAUGCAUCUUUUAACACAACCUAAUCAUUAUACAUUCCAUUUAUGGGAACAAAAUGAUGACUAUGUGUUCAAAGAGUGAAUUCAUUACUUUCAAGUAGGACCACAUUCAGGUUUGUUUUUUACAACGUGCCUUUACAGUAAAAUUCAGGUUUACAUAUAUUUUGAAAAGAAAUCUGUAUGAAAACCAACAAUAAUGUACUAAGAAUAAUAAAACCUGUUUGUUUGAAAGCCUCUAGAGAAGUAUAAAUUAUUGCUUGGCCAUCGACUUUCAUAUUUGCUAUAUUGCUAUGUUUGUUCAGGCAUUUUGUUGUUAAGAUCGCUAUAGUGUUGAGUGUUUAUUGUAACUUCUCUUGAACACUGUUAACAGACUUAAAUUAAUUUUGGAA